AAUCUUAUCUGACUGUGGAUCUGAAAACCACAGAGAAUCAAUCUUGUUGUGUUUUAACAGAGGAUGGAGUCUGACCUGCCCCUAGUGUCAACGGUUUACCCCGAUCAGGUUAUAAAUAUUGGGAUCAUAACACUAGGAGAGGCUGCCAGAAAAGGGGAAAAUACGGAUAAACUAGAGAAACAGAAGAUGGAGAUCACAAGGGCAGCCUGUGCUUUGCUGAAUUCAGGUGGAGGAUUAAUUCUGGCACACAGUCACAACCAAGAAUACAUGUACAAUAGGGAUGGAACAGGACAGGAUAUAGAACAAGCACUACGGGAACUCGUUCAGCCCAAUAAAAUACAAGAUAAUUUCCAAUAUCUUUCUGUAGAUAAAGGUCUCAUUAUUUUUGUGAAAUCAUGGUCUGCAGGAAGUGGUAAACCCCGAUUGUGCAGCUUAGUCACAAACAUUUACAAAAGAUGUGGGACUUCAGCUAUCCAGGUCAGACCUGACAAGGUGUUGGAAUUCUUGCAAAGCCAAAGAAACUCAGCUAGAGUCAAUGCAGAAGAGCCAGCAGCAAAGAGGCAGCGCAUUGCUCACACUUCCCCUGACAGGAUAACAGAAUCUGCAAGACAGUUGUGUGGGAGGAAGAGUGUUAAACUCAACGAGUAUUUGGAUUUUGGAGAAUCUGUAAAUGUGGAAUUUAAGGAUUUUAGAACUAAAAAGAUGUUGCAGAGGCUGAAAGAAAGUCUUCCAAAAUACAUCUCAGCCUUUGCGAACACAGAUGGGGGAUUUCUGUUUUUUGGUAUUGAUGAUAAAUCAAAAAGAGUUGUGGGCUGUGGUGUAAAUGAAACCCGAGAAAGCAUUGAGGAAUUUAUUAAUUGUGUCUUUAAUAAAAUCCCAUCAGUACACUUUGAUCAAUGUAAUAAACCGAAGAAUGUUUCCCAUUCCCUUAAUAUCAUAGAUGUUUUGGGUGAUAAUGGUGAACCCAAAGGCUUUGUACUGGGUCUAGAGAUCCACAAGUUUUGCUGUAUAGUGUUUGCCAAAGAACCAGAAUCUUGGAAGAUUGAAGGACGCAUCACUGCCACUCUUUGGGUAGAAGAAAUGUCUCGUACUGAUCCAGAGAUCGAAAAGCUGUGUGGUCAUUUCAAACAGGUGUUCCCUCUGUCCACUGCUCCCCCUCAGUGCCAGCCAGUGUAUGAAUUGAGAAACACAGCUCACUUAAAUGACCUGCAAGCAACUUUUUACCCAGUUCAAAAUGGACGGAUAGAGAAUAUACCAGAGCCCCUCACUACAGACCUCUUUAAGAACUUUCCAAACCUCAAAAACCUUGAGAAGCCAAACAGAGGUGAAGGAGUACUGAUCUUCUCUCGCAGCUGGGCUGUUGACAUUGACUUACCAAAGAACAACAGGGUCAUAUGUGAUGCCUUAUUGAUCUGUACAGACAGUCUGCCUAUUCUUUACACAGUUGUAGAGAGUGGCAGCGAUGACUUGUGGGAUUAUGUAAAUUCAACUGCUUUGCACCUGAAACAGAAGCUGGUAAAUAUUGGAGGAUAUUCAGAGUGGGUCUGUGUCAUUCCAAAGUUAGUUGAUUCCCUCACAGGUGCCUUAAUUCCAAGAGAUGAGAGCACUGGCUUCAAUUUGGAACUCAAGUAUCCUGACCAAUAUACCUUAAAAGAUAUCUCAGUCAAAUCCCUACUGUUUUCCUUAAUGAUUGUGGUGAUGAGCUUCAAAUCACUUCACAGUGAUAUGCUUGGAUGCAAGUUUUUUAACUUGCUCACUCUUGACCAGUUCCAGAUUCUGCACUCAAAAUAUGACAUUGAAAAUUUCAAGAAGCUCUUUGUUCAUGGUUUACCUGGGACCGGAAAAACUGUGAUUGCAAUGAAUCUGAUUAAAAGAAUUAAGAACACGUUUUGCUGUCAAUCUGAAAACAUCCUCUAUCUCUGUGAGAAUCAGCCACUGAAAGAUUUCAUAAGGAAAGAAAAUCUUUGCAAGUGUCUAACAAGGAGUGCUUUUAUGAAGCCAUCUAACCAUGACAUACAGUACGUAAAACAUAUUGUUGUGGAUGAGGCCCAGAAUUUCCGUGUCGAAGACGGGGAUUGGUAUGGCAAGGUAAAAAGGAUCACAUGCCAGGAUUCUGUGGAAGAUUCUGAUCCUGGUGUCUUAUGGAUCUUCCUGGACUACUUUCAGAAGAGCCACCCUUAUAAAGAUGGGAUGCCAACCGUGCAGGACCCCAAACUGGAGCUGACAGUGGGUGUUCGAAACAGCAGGAGCAUCCACAGUUUUAUUCUUGAGGUCAUGAAGGAAGCAAAUGAGGGUACAUCGCUGCAACACCUACAGAAAAUGAGUGAAAAAGCCACGUGUGCUCACUCCUUUCAAGGGGUCUUUGAAAAAUAUACCAAAAAUAAGAAGGAAAUUGAAGAGUUUCUGUUGAAUAAAAUAGUGACCCUCCUUGACAAUGGCUAUACUCAAAAAGAUAUUGCUGUUCUCUGCUCUACAGAUAGUGAUGUUCAAAUGUACUUGCCUGUUCUUGGUUUUUGUAAGAAAAGUAUUAACCAUGUCAAAGCCAAUGAUUUUGGCACAAAUGCGAUAGUUCUGGAUUCCAUUCGGAGGUUCUCAGGCUUGGAGAGGAAGAUAGUGUUUGUCAUUAACCCAGUUGUGCAACCAAACCAGAGUGCAGUAGAAAAAACUCUAUUGAUUAGUGCUGUCUCCCGGGCACAAACACAGUUGUACUUGUUAUAUCUAAAGCAAUGAAUGUGCUUUUGGCUAUUUAAUCUAUACAUCAGGUGACAAUAGAAAAAAUCUCAUUCUAAUAACUCUGCAGCCAACCUUCGAAAAAGAUCAGAUCCUUCACAUGCCAUUGUCAUUGGUCAGAAUGGAUUACAUCCUUCCCCUGAGCUACACAAGACUUAUGUCAAUUCAGUUUGAUCUAAAUACCUAUGGGCCUCAUGAUAAAACUUUUAAGUUAUGGAAAGGUCUACUACUUAAAAAGCAAGUAGUGGAGUGAGUUCCCUCCAUUGAUUAUGGGAACAGAGUUCACAUAAUGCGUUCACCACUAGGUCUCCAUUUACUAUAUUUCAAAUUUCCACACAUAUGUGACAUCCUCUGUGUUUCCUCUGCGUACCAGUACCCAGCAGGUUAAGGGUAAACUAUAAAAAUGUAAGAGGAAAGGCAGAAGGGGAUUAAACAUUCAAGAGCAUUCUGCAGAGGCUCAUCCUUCUGGGCAAGAAAUAUGUGAUACACAAAACCAGUUUAAAACAUCUGGUAAAAUACAAAAAAUAUAAUACUUAAACAGAUUGUGAUAUUAGGAUUUAUUAUGAAUUUUACUGUAUCUUUCUUGUCUCCUGUUUAUUCAGUCUUCUUACUAUCUUAACGAGUAAUUUUAAGAAUGAAUAUUGUUCAAAUAUGCAUGGUAAUAAGGACACAAUAAAGGUAGUUAGGGUAUUUACAUAUUUAUAUACUGUAGAUCUUAUUUUAAUCACAGGCACACAAAUAGUAUCAUAGCCGGGUCUGUCUUAGGCAUGUACUUCUCAAAACUGUUCAUGUUUGACCUCUGAUCCUACUGCCAGACAGUUUAGUCACAAUUGCAGUGUGAGCUUUGGUCUACAGGUUUUGUUCAAUACUUUUUUCCUUAGAAGACCGUCUUGAUAUUAUGCUUAUGGACUGGACUGUUUUCCAAGUCUCAUCGUAAUCACUCUGAAGUUGUAAUUUAACUAAAUACAUGUGGAAAAAUUAUGACAUCAGAAAUUGCUAGACUGCUAGGCGAGAAUAUAAAUAUACACAUAGGAGAGACAAUGUGAAAGAGAUUAGGAUCUGACCUUCUCCGAGUUUUUAAACUCCAGAAGUGACAGAACCAGUGUAUUCAUUAUGAAGCAUCCUGAAACAUCUUAGUUUUUAUCUCCAACACUUAUUCCGGAACGUAUACAGUAUUCAACAUCUCUUUUAGGUUACUGAUAUUUUUGGCAAGUAAAGACAUUUGGAAAGUAAAGCAUAUGUAUGAUACACACUGUAGACAUUAGUAAUUGUAUGUGUUUUAUAUCAGUAGAAAAUGUAUUUGCAAUGAUUAUUUACAGCAAGUGCAACAGUUAUUGCAGCCUGCGUGACUGAGGGAAAUCUGCAGAAAGAGCUUUACACACCUUUCCACUAGAUAGAGCUAGCUUCCUGAUACUUAUCAAAUGUAUCAAAUCAGUGUAAUGAAAGACAUAGUUCUACAGUACGUGUAGGAGAGUAGCAGAAAAGGGCCUUACUUCAUUUUAUGCAUGGGGUUCUAUCUUUAACCCUUUCAGUCCUCUCCAUUGAAGAACUUUGCAAAACCUCUAAAAGUGCUAGUUCUAAUAAAGAUCAGCAGUUUGGAAGGACCUCAUUGCUAUCAGGAGUCAUCACACUCUUUCUAAUACUCUACCUUUUUUAUUUGAAUAUGUUUUGAAUAUAUCUGUAUCCUAUAAAUCGUUCAUGCUUUUGUGUAAGCACUGAGAAGUUUGGGAUGAUAAAAAACAAGCUAGCUAUUUUAAAUCAUAAUCAUUUCCUAUGUCACUUGUAAUCUGCUAUAGAUAUCGUACUCAUACUAAUUUUGUUUUUAUAUGUUAUCUCAUGCAUUUCUCAACCAUCUACGGCUACCUAUUGUUUAAAUCCUCAUCUAAGUCAAGUGUCAAUACAAUUAAAAUACUCAAUAAAAAUAUUCAAAUGCAA